AGACAUAGUUUGGCCUGCCUUUUACUGUGCACUGUGCACCCAUAAGUCAUUUAUAUGUCCGCACAUACACUAGGCUAGUGGUGGGUACCCACUCUGCAGUGUUUUGAAUUGUCCUUUUGUAGAUUCGUUAAGCUUUUUUUUCACUAGCUUAGUUUUGUUGGUUAUAAAAUAUAUUUUUUAAAAAUAGUAAGGGUAAAUUUCAGUUUGUCCUGUUCCUUCCCACUUGUUUGACACACCUUGAUGUAAAUAUUGUACAUUGAAAUCUAAUUCUAAAUAUUGGUGUGUCAGUUUGUCUCAGUUUAUGGUGUCCCAGAAUGUUUACAGUUAUUUGUUAGAACCAAACAGUUUGACAUCUAUAUGACUUCUGAGAGACAUUUGAUCAGUCUAAUUUGUAGGGUGGUCAGGAGGAAAAUGUAUUGUGUUGAUCUAAUCCCAGAUUUGGCAUAGUCCAUAAGCUUGCACAUCUGAAGCAAAGAGCAUUUCACACUUUAUCUCCAAACAGGAUUACACAAUGUCAUGCUAUAAUCCAGCAGCAUAGCUCCCUUUAUUUCCUGAGCCAACUCAAGAACUCCCAAGUCAUCCAUCUGGCAUGCUUAAUGCAAAGCUUUUAACCUCUGUGAGGUACUGUAUUAAAUGAAAUGAAUCACUGUGAGCCCCUGGUUGGCUUUUUAAAGUUGGAUAUUGGGAUAGAGACAAUAGUGACGUAACUGGUUUUCAAUUAACAGCCAUCCUUUUUUUCCAGUUGUCUCUGCUGUGAAUACACAGCACAGUUUUUAAUGAAUGUGAACAGUGAGGACUCCCAGGUGACCUGCUUGUGCUGUGGAGUGAUAAUGAAAAAGGCGGAUACUUUGGCGUAACUUGUCCAAGCUACAGGUUCACUUAUGUUAUUCAUUCAGUGGAGAACCAGUCGCCUUAAUGUAUGCUUGCUCAGCUUGUCGAGAAUGAAGACACAGAACUAAACAUGUUGACUUUCUGAACUUUGAGAUGAGAUCCAAGCCUACCUCUGCAUGGGACUCUGGGAACAGCACCUUUUGGGAGGAAUACGUCGACAUCACCUUCGUAGUGGCACACAGCUUGAUCCUGUUGAUAACCUCUGUUGUGGGAAUUGCAGCAAAUAUUUUUGUGAUACUGGCAGUUUAUCACCAAAAAUCACUGCAAACUUCAAAUAAUGCACUUGUGGUGAAUCUUGCCAUCAUAGACAUUCUGCGGUGUGUAAUCGACUGCCCUAUCCUCUUAGCCAUUGUUAUGGCUGUGCAUCAGAAAGGACAUGUGGACGAGAUGAUCUGCGAUGCACAAGUGGCCUCUUUCUCCUUCAGCUGCUGCAUCCAGCUGUUAACGCUGGCAUGCAUAAGCGCAGAGAGGUACCAGGCCAUCGCACAACCCUUCAAAACAAGUCAACGAAGAAAACGGAUUACAGUGCUGAUCCCUCUCACAUGGACCUUGGCUAUCCUGGCGGCUGUUCUUUGUCUCAUAUUUGUGAGGGACUCACCCGUGUAUGUGAGAUGCAAGGGAUCACAGAGAGACACACCAUCCUCUUAUGACACCUUUGGACUUUACAUGCUGUUCCCACUGUGGGCAGCUUGCUUCAGUGUCAUUAUUGGAUUCUAUGCUCGCAUAUUUACCCUUGUGAGAUCACACAAUCGCAAAAUAUUUGAUAAAGGUACUGUCCCACUUACUAAAAAGACCAAAACAGAAGAUAAAGAGAAGAAAGAAGAAACCGCAGUUGUGGAAAAUGGAAAGUCUGAGCAAAACCGGACCAUGAAUUUGGUGACACAAGCUGAACCAAAUCCAUCAAGAAAAGACUCUUCAAAUGUUCUACUGACCUCAACAAACACUGCACAAUGUGUCUCCAGCUCAGAGGAUAAGAAACAAUCAAAAAAUACAGUGGAGAUAACUAACUUGGAAACAGAACAACCUUGCCCUCCUGCAAUGCAGACUGCAGUGCAGGCUGAGGAGAAGCCUUUUAUGACAGAGCAGUCCAACCCCUGUGCCACAAGAGUUGAAGUAAAACCAUCAAAUGGAGGUGCUGAUAGCAGUGUUAAGAGCUCAACGACAAAGCCACAGAAGGUGUCAAGCAAUUUCGACACAGAAACCCAGUCCAAAGAGAAAGUGAAAAUUGACAAAGCACCCUCUGAAAUGAAAGAAACCAGCACCCAUGUACCCUGCUCUGCAGAGUCAGAAAAUCCUGAAUCCACUGCUGUGUUACUGAUUGAACCAAAGCAAGUUACCAGCAGCAAUGGAGGAGAAACGCAGGCUGUUACCACAGUAGAUCAAGUGUCUUCAUUACCGCCAGUCUCAAGCAAUGCCCUGAAACAGAAGCACCAAACAAAAAUGUAGAAGUUGAAGGAGCUGUUUGCAUGAUGCCUUCAAAAGCGAAUAAAGAGAGAGCCAAAAAAAAGAAGGAAGGUAA